AUGUCUAAGUACAAAAUCUUGGAUUCUCAUAUCCAUUUGUAUUCGCUAGCCAAUAUACCACUUUUACAUUGGGACGAAGGAAAUCCUCUUCAUGGCAAUCGUCGUCUAGACGAAUACAUCGAAAACUCACAAUCUACACAAUUCGAUGUGGAAGGAGUAGUCUGGAUUGAAUGUGAUGCUAAAAUUGACCUUACUCAAGGAUUGAAAGGAUUAGAAAACCCAAUUGAAGAAUACUUGUACAUUUGUAGAAAUAUAAAUGGCAAAUUGUUGCCAGAAGAAGGAGUCCUGACACCUUUUAAGAGACGGCUAAUCAAAGCUAUGAUACCUUUUGCUCCCAUGCCAUUGGGAUCUGCAGGAGUGGAAGAAUAUGUGAAAGCUUUGAAGACAAGAAACUCAAGCGAGUUUCACUUGGUGAAGGGGUUCAGAUACCUCAUACAGGAUAAACCACCAUUGACGAUAUCUGAUCCCCAUUUUGUUUCGUCAUUUCAAUGGUUAGAUAGUAAUGGCUAUGUAUUUGACUUGGGCAUUGAUAUGAGGAGUGGAGGGCUUUGGCAAUUCAAAGAAACUCUUGAAGUUUUCAAAAAGGUACCGAAUUUGAAGUAUAUCAUAAACCAUCUUACCAAACCAUGUUUGGACUUUGAUCCAGAGACUAUUGAUUCCAAUCCAGAUUUCCUUUCUUGGAAAAGAUUGGUAACUGAAAUGUACAUUACCACACCCAAUUCGUAUAUGAAGCUCUCUGGGGGGUUCUCUGAAGUAGAGCAAGAUGUUGCAUUGGACGUUACAUCAACAUCCAGACAUGUAUAUCCGUGGUUUAAGGUAGUAUAUGAGCUCUGGGGCCCAGAACGGACAAUUUUUGCUAGUAACUGGCCCGUUUGUGCUAUUCCAGCGGGCCAAAACUUAACAGAAAAGUGGUUUCAAGUUUGUGAAACUUUAUUUGAUUCUAUUGGUAUGGACGAAGAUACAAGAAGAAAAAUCUAUUAUUCCAAUGCAUUUAAAGCGUACAAUAUCUAA